AUGAGAAGCGAAACGGAAGUGAGGGACGUAAACAAACGAUUUAAGAAGGCACACACACAGACGGCUAUUCAUUUUCAUCACAUCGGUUUAUUUGUCAUCAUGGCGAUCUGGAAUGAAGGAAACGAAGACCUGCUCAUCAACUUGAUCCAGGAGAGGCCAACUCUGUACGACAUUACAGAGUCAAAGUACUCGAACCGAGUAGUGAAAACCGGACUCUGGCGAGAGAUUGAAUCUCAACUUGGUUUCUCAGAGAAAGAGCUGAGGAAGAAGUGGGAUUCUCUGCGAACCCAGUACACCCGGUACAAGAAACUUGCACCUUCGGGUAGUUGUGGAGCACAAAGGACUGGCAGACAGCAGUCGAUCCUGACCAGGCUGCAGUUUUUAGAGCCCUACACAAGAAGGAAGGAGAGUACUUCAAACCUCACCAUCACGGAACUUCUGGUGGCUGCAGAACCACCCUCCGAUGGCACCAGCAGUGAAACCUGGACCAGCACCCCUGAGGAGCCCUUCCUCUUUGAUGCUGAGUCAAGUCACUGCACUCCCCUGGCAGAAUCCCCCAUCUGUGGAACAGAGUCCACACUGGCACCGCUUGGAGAGGAGCCAAGCACAUUCAGUCACUCAAGCACUCCAAGGCCUCGGGUGAAGCGUAGCAGGGAGAUGCUGGAUGAGUCCACCAGUGAGGCGUCAGAAACGUUGAUGCGCAAGAUUGGCAGGACCCUGGAACAUUUAACUUCGAAGGGUGAACAUAAUGACUACAUUGCGGCCUACUCAAAAUCCUUUGAACACAGACUGCGGCAGUUGCCACGUCAUUUGCUGCCACACUUCCUGCAUGAGGUGGACAAUAGCUUCUUCAAGUAUUUGACGGACAAGACCCUGGAAAAUGAAAUUAGAAGGAGGUGGCUUGUCUCUGACUCUAGGCCGAAUUUACCAGAUACGCUCAAAAUGUCCACCCCCAAUAUAUAGCCUAACUGAUUACAUUUUUUUUUAAUUAAAUUGCUAUUCUAUGACUUUUAUUUUUUAUUUUAUUUUUGGUCCCCCCCCAAUGUUGACUCCAUGGUUACAGCCUUGCACCGACUGUAUAUAAAGGUUGUCUCUGAUAGACUUAUAUUAUUGGUCUUUUUACACUGAUGUAUAAUGUCAAAUUUUAGAAUGAGAGACAGAAUGAAAAAACACGUCUUGUUUGUUUUGUUGGUAAGGAUGUCGGUUGUAAAAUGAUCUGUGCAAGUCAAUAAAUCACAAGUCUCUGCA